UCAGUUAUGUUAUGACGCGGUCAGGAAGUCAUCAUUUAGACUUUCCAUCGAUGCAUUAUUAUGGUUUCUUCGUUUGAUAUUGGGGGUUAUGUUGAAUUGGACUAUGUCAAAUGGAUGACAAGAAUUAAUCUCCAUAAGGGAAGCUACCUCGAGAUCACAAGCCAAAUACUCUUUCCUCCAUAGAUUACUAGUAUAUAAUCACUAGGCAGAUGGGUUUUAUAUUAUAAACCCUCACUAGCUACUAUUACCAAAAACCAAUAGCCAAGAGAGUUUUUCAUUUGUCUUUUUGAAACCCAUGGGUCGAUUUGCGUUCUUGAAUGUUUUAAAGGAGGUUGCGGGUAUUCUAAAUGAAUCCCGCAAACUGUUCCUCAAGAACAAAACGUUGAUGUUCUCAGUUUUGGUAUUCACCCUCCUACUCAAUUGUUUAGUUUUCUUGUUUAACAUCUUUGUCAUCGAACCAGAGAUCAUGAACUUGAUGGCCGAAUCAAGAUUGUUGCCAACGACAGAUCCAAGCACCCCGGAAUAUGCGGCAUGUAUUAUGAGAAUCUUUGCGGACGUUCGCCAAAUUGUGGCUUCUUCAUACAUCCUAACGGCCGUCUCCUCCAUCAUCAACAUCUUUUCUGUUAUAUUCAUCGUUCAUGCAUCGGCUCUUUCUCUUAAAGAUGAAAACAUCAAGAUCAAAGAUUUUACUGUUCUGAGCCUUAAAUCUUGGAAGGGACCUCUUGUGACGUAUUUCUACAUUGCUCUUUUCAGUCUUGGCUAUUGGCUCCUACUUUUUAUAAUCCUUUUUCCAAUCCUUUUAUCCUCUACAUUAUCUAUAUCAGAUAUGGGUUCCUUGGCAGUCAAGUCUGGUGCUUUAUUCAUUAUAUUUGCUGUUUUUCAGUGCUACUUAGCUAUCGUUUGGAACUUAUCUAUGGUCAUAUCGGUAUUAGAGGAAAGUUAUGGGAUCCAAGCUUUGGGGAAAGCUGCAAAGAUUGUUAAAGGGAUGAAGACAAAACUGUUUCUCUUGAAUAUCUUCUUUGGUUUAUUGGCAUUCGGAUUAGCUCAAAGCUUGCAGGUGAUUAUCAAUUCGAGAAGAUCGCUCUCGCUUACGAUAACCACCGGUUUCGUCCUUGUGUGUUUGGUCUUUGUGUGUUUGGCCUUUGUCAUGAGGAUGUUUCAGCUUGUGGCUUACACCGUUGCCUAUUUCCAAUGUAAGAGCCUCCAAGGCAAAGACGUUGAGUCGCUGACAGAUGUGGAAUAUACGAAAUUGUCUUCCACUGCUCUCAUGGGAUGAUUGCCUUCGAUAUCUCAAGAGAAGGGCAUACAUAUGAUAUAUAAAUAUGCGUGAAUUGUUUGUUUGUCUUAAGAUUAUUGUAAAGUUCACCAUGGUUAGGUAAAUUAUUUUGAAUAAUCAAAGGUUCGUUUAUAUAUGUAAGGUUUGUUAUAUAUAUUUAGACAAUAUAUAGAGUUCUUUUUGUAUCCAUUUCGAUCAAAAUGAGAAAGAUACUAGCGUAGAA